AAACCUACCUUUUGGGUUCGAUAAACCUCUGUUGGGAAUUUAGGCCAUUAACGAAUUUGAACCUCCGCCCAAUUCUACAAUGGAGGAACCACAUUGCCGGAAAAUCAACUACCAUCAAACCGGCGAACCAUUCUUCCAAUGCGCCCCCAUCGUCAUUCCUUACCUCAAUCCCACCGAGCUAGUCUCCAUCUCCUCAACCUGCAAAACCUUGCACCACCUCUCCACCAACGUAACUUCCCGCAGAACCUCCGACGCUUCCAGAGGUUUUGAGAAGCUUCCCAUCCCUUUCCACAACCCCAUCCCCGGCGACCCCCACACCUACUCCUACUUUCUCUACACUCCAUCUCAGACCCUCCGCACUACCACCCACUUCCGCCGGCCAUGGGGCUCCGACCACGAUGCCCCACCCGAUCCCUCCUCUCCUUUUCUAUUCCGCGUCGACGGCGCCACCGGUUGCGACUGCACAAAAGGCUGCGGCGGCGAUGAUUUUUGCCCCUGCUUGAAUCUAGAAUGCGGACCGAGUUGCAAGUGUGACUCUCUGUGCGGCAACAGGGCGACUCAGUGCGGGGUGAAUUUGAGGUUGAAGAUAGUAAAACACGAGAAAAAGGGCUGGGGCCUCUAUGCGGCGCAGCUGAUCACCGCCGGAAGGUUUAUCUGCGAAUACGCCGGUGAGGUUUUGUCGACAAAGGAAGCAAGAGAGAGGCAGCAAAGCUACGACGAAGCCGCGAGGAUGGAACGGCUAAGUCCGGCUCUUUUGGUGGUGAAGGAGCAUCUUCCAUUUGGAAACACAUGUAUGAGGAUGAACAUCGACGCAACCAGGAUCGGCAACAUUGCGCGAUUCAUCAACCAUUCAUGUGAUGGCGGCAACCUCGACACCCUGAUACUCAGAAGUUCCGGUUCCCUCCUGCCCCGCGUCUGCUUCUUUGCGGCUUCGGAUAUUCAGGAAGACGACGAGCUCACUUUCAGCUAUGGCAAUGUCGCCCUUAGUGCCGAUCCUCGCCCUUGUUUCUGCGGUGCUUCUUCUUGCGUCGGCAUCCUACCAUCCGAGCACACAUGAUAUAUUGAUAUUCUAUGCUGCUUUGUUAUAACGGAUGGAUCAAUCAGAGUUUAAAGACUUGAUUUUGAUGAGUUAUUAGACUUGAUUUUGAUGAGUUAUUGUACAACAAAGUGCAUGUUGAGAGCUGGCA